AUGUCCGUUGGAUACCUCAAGAAGUUCAUGUGCGGCGUUGGCAGCACCCGGUGCAACCAGAGCUACUUGACCAAUCUGCCCGAGUUCUUCGUCAGGAAGGCGUUUUAUGGGCUGUUCGCGAAGUCGCCUUUCAUGGCCCUCGACGAGUUUGAGCCUCAAUCGUUUUGCAGAACACUUGACAAGUCAAUACCUCCACAUUUGAUUGUGCAAUCAACUGGUCAAACCCUUUCCCCUUUCAUGGCACUAAGUCGAAACAUCAAGAAGCAGCAAAAACUCUUGUUGGACGAGUACGAACGUUUGGGCAAGCCGCUGGACAAGAUGACUCUGGAAGAGCUGGUAGUCCAGGUCGACCGCGAGCUUUCGCGCCACCAGUGCUUCGUUGUGCACAAGCCUGACACCAAGGGCCCGAACGGGGAGGAACGCAUUCUGUCCAACACAAAGGUUUCGAUUUGGUUGCCCAAGGGAAAAUGGCAUGAGGAGAUCCACUUCACUGAUGAGGGGACUCCUUUCAUCUAUGAUGAAGGCACCAAAGCCUCCCACUUCUGCAUCGACCUCAUGAAAAAAUACUUGGACACACCAAGUGGUAGCCAGACAGGCCCAGCCAACAGCACAUCCAACACCCGGAAAGUCCCGCUCCCGUUGCCCGGCAGUGAUGCCAAGAAGCCAGAGUCCUCAGCGCCCGCCAGCAGCGUGCCAUUGCCGGGGAUGAAGCCUCACGAGAAGGGCAACACGGUGUUGCCCCUGUUCUUGAAGGAGGCGCGCAGCGCCCUGUGUGCGGCUGCGGCCUGGACCGCCAAGUCUAACAUCAAGCGCCCGGAUCCAGAAACUCCUGCCCUGGCAGCAUCCCCCGAAAAGAAGAAGAAGGUGGCCAGCGCCCCCAUGAUGCCAGACUCUAGUGAAAGUGAAGCUGAGUCCUCGUCCGAGGAGGACAUCAAGGAGUUCAAGCUGAUCCAGGACAGUACCACCGGCCAGUACUCUGUUGAGUGGGACCACCCGAAGGGCAAGCUCACACAGCAGCUUCCUGCUGAGGGCCGCAACUACAAGCUGCACCGCUGUGAGAAGGAUGGAAAGCACUUUGGGGAGGUUUUCGCAGCCAGCAAGACAAAUGAGGGGCCCUCUGUGUGGAUGGUGAAGCUUUGUCAGAGGUCGCUCAAAGCCUCCUUGUCCAACGCAAGUGUGGACAGUGCGCAAUUGAAGGCCUUGCAAGCUCCCAAGUCCCCUCAGCCUACUACACCCAAGAGUGACAAGAAAGCUGAGGGGCAGCCAGACCGUGAAAAUCAGGGCACCAGCUCCGAAUCAACCACCGCCGCGCCUGAGAUGGCCCUGAAGGCCAAGGCAAAGGCAGCCUCCCCACAGCCCAAGCCCAAGCUUGUGCACUGUGCCACAGUGUCCAGGUUCUUCACAGCGCUGCCAGAGGAAAAGUCCUCUCCCAAUGCAGCACCGGAUGAGGAAGCCCUUCAGUGCAAAGCCAUGAACAUUUUGGCCUACAACCUUCAUUCCAGAAUUUUGCUGGAGCCGGAGUACGCAAGCGAGGCUGCUGCGGCCAGUGUAGGGGCUGCUGAAGAACAAGAAGAAGAGCCCGACAAAGCAUAUGAGGAUGAGGAGCCACAAACCAAGGAAGAGAUGAAAAGUGCCGAGUCUCCGGUGGGCAGCAGCGAGGGCAUCUGGCAAGUGGUAUAUUGUCAUGACAGCCUGUCCGGGCUGAGUGGAGAUGAGUGGUUGCAAGAAGAGAAGAAGACACUGCAGAAACUCCAUCAGUGGGUGAAGUUUCUUUACACCAUCACGGCGCCAGUGCUUCGGACAAUUCAGUGGCCACAGCUGCGACUGACUCUCGCGGACUUCAUGCGGCUCAACACCAGCAAGAACAAGACCGCAACUUCCCGCCAGGAAAUGCAUCAGAAAACAUUCCGCGUUGCUCGAGACUCUUUGGCUAAGUCACCUGCGCUCAAAAAGGAGCUGACCCCUCUUGCCCUGCAGAAGAAGUACAAGAACGCUGGAACUAUUGCAAACCAAAAAGCUGCAGCUGCCACGGCGUGGAUCACUCAUCACACUGGCAAGUGGGAGCUGUGCGGGCUGGCAUGGGCAGGAGUCUUCCUUCAAAAGGGGUCUCUUUUUCGAGAUCGCGCUGGGAGGCUUGCCAUGAGCUUUGGGUUUCGUGAGUGGGGGGCGCUUGGUACGGUUCUGGAGGAGAUCUCCGUGAAUGGGGAGGAUUCUUGGGUGUACGCCGUGUUCAGAGACUCUGGCGCGCUUCCAAUGUGGAUGUUCAACCAUUUGGUUGCCCGGGACUCUUUGUGGAAGAAGGUGCCGUUUGAGUUGAUGCUGCCAGCCCUGGCGCCGAAGCAACUGGCAGGGCGUGGCUGUGUCAUCAAGUGCUCGCAAAUCGAAGAGGAGAUUGUUCCUGCUGCAAUUCACUCAGGAAUUUUCCUGACCCGUGACCAGCUUUGGAGCUUGCACUUGGCUGAAACUUUCAAGCUUCCCCCAAAAGGGGAGGGGUCUGGAAAGAGAGGGGCCCUAGUCAAGAGUGACCUGGCAAAGGCCGCCAUCAAACCAUUACUUCCCCAUGGCGCCACAAGAAGAUUUUCAGGACAUGUUUGA